AUGAUGAAAAAUCAGUUUUGCCUCCUUGCUUUUCUCUGCUUCUUGCCCACAGCACACAGCUACAUAUGGGCCUGGAUAUAUACUUUGCCUGGUCACAGUGUCAAUGAACUAGCAUCUCUUACAGACCCUGGACCUUCAUCCAGCCUAGAGCUAAUGUCAAAUGUGUGCAGUCCUGAAACUGAUUGUCCACUGGGGUUCUUCUGUGACCUCCACUUUGAGAUUUGCAGGCCACUUAAGCAAGAAGGAGAAUACUGUCGCCACGAUACCCACUGUGCCAGCAAUCUGACUUGUAUGUUUGGGAAAUGCCUGCCGACUGCACCUAAGGGUCACGAAGGUGCCCGCUGUCAUCACAAUGAAGACUGCUCUCCAGGCUCCUGCUGUGCCCGUAUCCAUGGGGAAAUGGUUUGCAAGAAAAGGUUGCUUUUAGAUGAGAUGUGCCAUGUCCCCCAAGGAGGGAUUGCAUUCAGCAUGAACCAGGUGUGCCCCUGUUUAGAAGGACUCGUAUGCAGACGGAUGCAGCCCAAGAGAGAGAAACCAUUUGAGUACGAGGUGAAAAAAGAUGACUGGAGAUGCCAAAAAAAAUAG